UGAGAGGUGAGGGGUGGCAGCGGCGGUGGCCGGGCUCCGGGAAGAUGGCAGAGAGCGAGCGGCGGGCAGGCGCCUCUGAGGAGGUGGCUCCUCCCCUCCAGCAGAGCUUCAUGAUCCCCAAAAAGGAGAUAAACAUGGUUUCUGACAUGGCCAAGUGGAAGCGCUCUCAGGCAUAUGCAGAUUACAUGGGCUUCAUCCUCACUCUGAAUGAAGGUGUCAGGGGCAAGAAGCUGACCUGCGAAUACAAAGUUUCAGAGCCCGUUGAAAAGCUGGUGGCUCUUCUGAACACCCUUGACAGAUGGAUCGAUGAAACCCCACCAGUGGAUCAACCUUCUAGAUUUGGGAACAAAGCCUUCAGGACCUGGUACGCCAAACUAGACCAGGAAGCAGAAAAGUUGGUGGCAACAGUGAUUCCCAAGCAUUUGGCUGAUGCUGCACCAGAAGUGGCCGUGUACUUGAAGGAAUCUGUGGGGAACUCCACCCGCAUUGACUAUGGCACAGGGCACGAAGCUGCAUUUGCAGCCUUUCUCUGCUGCCUCUGCAAAAUCGGUGUGCUCAGAGUGGAUGACCAGAUGGCCAUCGUCUUCAAAGUAUUUAACAGGUACCUAGAAGUGAUGCGAAAACUUCAGAAGACCUACAGGAUGGAACCUGCUGGCAGCCAGGGCGUGUGGGGCUUGGAUGACUUCCAGUUUCUACCUUUCAUAUGGGGCAGUUCCCAGCUGAUAGACCAUCCAAAUCUGGAGCCUCGACACUUUGUUGAUGAGAAGGUGGUAAACGAAAACCAUAAGGACUUCAUGUUCCUGGAGUGCAUCCUCUUCAUUACAGAGAUGAAGACGGGCCCCUUUGCCGAGCACUCCAACCAGCUCUGGAACAUCAGCGCCGUGCCCUCCUGGUCCAAGGUCAACCAGGGCCUCAUCCGCAUGUACAAGGCAGAGUGCCUGGAGAAGUUUCCUGUGAUCCAGCACUUUAAGUUCGGCAGCCUGCUCCCUAUCCAGCCUGUGACGUCCUAAGGAGGCCGUGGGAGGAGUUGAGGCAGCGGAGGCAUAGCGCGGCGCUCUUCCUCCUCCCCUCACCCCCUCCUCAUCACCUUGCCCGUUACACACAGCCCAUUCAUUCCUGCACAUCCUCAUCGGCAAUCACAGAUCCAAAGCACUCGCCGGCCUUGCACGGGAGACGGGACCUGGAGCGGCUCCUCCUGCACGUCCCCAGCACGGGGAUGUCUCGCCAGCGACCAAGCCGGGGCUGUGCUUCUCCGCUCUGCUGCGUCCAUGGGCAGCGUGACUGCCGUGUACGGCUCUGGGCAUGUGAAUGGGGUUUGAGUAGGGGCUGCCUUGCAGCAGAGGCCCUCUGCUUCCCUUCCCGGGAGGAAGGGGGUGUGGAGGGGAGGAAGGCACGUGUGUAUGUGUUGGGCAGUGGUAACUGCAAUUUCCCUUUUGAAUUUCAUUGAAGUUUCCUGUUGCUGUUUGGUUUGGGAAACCGCUGCGAGGGGUGAGGUGUGAGCCUGCACGUGUCUGUAGGCAGCCACCUCUGCUUGCACGGGGAGGUCUGAAAUGGGUAAAGGAAGUUGUAAGGAAUGUCUGUGGGUUGCUGGAAGCCCAGGGUGCCAUCUUUCCCUUUUCUGGGUAAGGAAAGCCCCCUCCCUCCAUCUCUUCUGCAAGAUUCCCUGGGUCUUCCUUUCCCACUACCGCCUCUUCUCUCGGGUGAAGCUGGGAACCUUCUGGGCUGCGGGGGUCUGAGCUGACUCUGGAGCCAGAGACAAGGUCCCUGGAGGGACCCGGCUCUGUGGGAACAGCUAUGCAAAGACACUGCUUGAGCAGUGCCUGCUCAGGUUCCCUCUUAACGGGCACAAAACCUCACAUGUUCGCACAUGUUCAUCGCUGGGUCCAACCUCCCCUCUGCGCUCCCUGUUUCCUCCUCCGUGCUUUGCUGCCCUGGGGCUGGGCUGGCCUCAGCGGCACAAGGUGACCAUGGUUGCUACUGCUUCGUCAUAAAUUGUAGUGACAGCCCCAUAGCAAAGGGAUUUCCCCACGAAGCAGCAUGUUCCCCAGCUCUUUUAGGGAGGCAUCCCCAGAGCAAAGGCAGCAUGGGGAGGCAAGCAUGCAGCUUUACAUGCAUUUAUAUACUUGCGCUGGAAACAAAAAGCAUAAAUAGCCCAGGACAGCAGGUUAUACCUGGAGAAAGCUCAUUCCCUUUGUCAUUCCCUGCUGGCGUUGCUGUGCUGGACCUCGGGCAGAGGGACCACGCUUCCAGUGCCACCAGCAGCGGCGUUUUGAAGGCAGGUGAAUGAACGGAGACGUGGUCCAGAUCAUACCAGCAGCAUCACUAGGAGGGCAGAAACGGCUGGUGCUGGGUUUGAGAUGAGCUGUCGUGUUCACAGGUCUUGACCAAGGUGGACCACAGUUUUGCAGCUGGAGAGGGGAUGUUUCUUUUUGGGGUUCCCAGGCUGGGUAUGAGGGGGACAGGACUCUGGUCUGGUGUUUGC